UGUUCGCCCAAGAACAUCAUACUCAUUCUCUCUCUGCGUUCACAGGUGCUUUGUUGAGAAGGGUAGAGGAUGUAUCAGGAGUACAUGAAGCACAUCCCAAUCCCAACACACCGUGCCUCUGUUAUUCCAUUUACCUCAUGGAUGGGUUUAGGUAAAUCCAUUAAGCAGCUUUAUGGACAACCUCUGCAUUAUCUCACCAAUAUUCAGCUAAAACAGUGGGACCAACAGAGGAUCGGCUGUAAGGAUGAAUACAGGCCCUUGGAUGCCAUCAUUCAUCCCUGUAAAGCCGAAGCCACCAUCUGGCUCAUUGAAGAAGUUCAUCGAAACACCUCAUCUCAUCAUCAUGUAGCCAAUCUGUGGCUAUCAGAUCCAAUGCACCAUGCCUUUGUUGAUUCCAUCUUUCCCCACUUAGACAGCAGCUCGUGAAAGGGCGAAAGGCCUUUACUUUG